CCUCAGUCCCCGCGCCGGCCUCAGCGCCCUCGCGCGCCGCAGCAUCCCAGCCGCCGCCGCCGCCGCCGCCGCCGCCGCCGCCGGGCCUCCCCGCCACCCCCUCUCCGGCCCGGCCGCCUCCCGCCGCCGCCAUUCCUGGCGCCCGAAAUCGCCCGGCCGGGAGCCGCCGCGGGCAGGACGCGCGCUCCAGAUCUGAGAUCCAUUUCGGCUGGGUGUGGUGGCUCAUGCCUGUAAUCCCAACAGUUCGAGAGGCUGAGAACAAACUGUCCCUGGUCUCUGAGAGCGUAGUGCAUCUGAGAGAAGAGAGGAAGAAACAGGCUCACAGUGCGGUUUUGUGGCAGUUUUCUUGGCGGUGGGGGAAGGACCAGCUGUGCAUGUGAGGCUGGGGUAUCUCUGACGUAUUCCUGAGCCAUCUCAUGAGCUGUGGGUCUGAACCGGCGGAACCUCGGUUAAACAUACUCUGCUAACACCAGAUAGUAGAAAGAAACCAUGUGCUGAAAUGUUUGACGACACUGAUGGUUUGCAAAGAUUUCUGAAGACUUCUUUCUAGAAACGACUGGAAAGCUUCAAGAGGCAUAAGAUACAGCAUUUCUUCUGAGGCCCUGAAGAAGUAUCAAGUGGGCUUUGACAUUGCGGUGGUGACAGCGACCCCUCCUCACCUGGAGAACUGGGAAAUGUGGAUUCUCAGGGACCGCGCUGUUCACCAGCUCCAGGCUGUGCUGCUGGCCCUGGUCCUGGGGCGCUGAGCCGCAUCUGCAAUAGCACACUUGCCCGGCCACCUGCUGCCGUGAGCCUUUGCUGCUGAAGCCCCUGGGGUUGCCUCUACCUGAUGAGGAUGUGCACCCCCAUUAGGGGGCUGCUUAUGGCCCUUGCAGUGAUGUUUGGGACAGCAAUGGCAUUUGCACCCAUACCCCGGAUCACCUGGGAGCACAGAGAGGUGCGCCUGGUGCAAUUUCAUGAGCCGGACAUCUACAACUACUCAGCCUUACUGCUGAGCGAGAACAAGGACACCUUGUACAUAGGCGCCCGGGAGGCGGUCUUCGCUGUGAACGCACUCAACAUCUCCGAGAAGCAGCAUGAGGUGUAUUGGAAGGUCUCAGAAGACAAAAAAGCAAAAUGUGCAGAAAAGGGGAAAUCAAAACAGACAGAGUGCCUCAACUACAUUCGGGUGCUGCAGCCGCUUAGCACCACUUCCCUUUAUGUGUGUGGAACCAACGCAUUCCAGCCAGCCUGUGACCACCUGAACUUAACAUCCUUUAAGUUUCUGGGGAAAAAUGAAGAUGGCAAAGGAAGAUGUCCCUUUGACCCAGCACACAGCUACACAUCCGUCAUGGUUGAUGGAGAACUUUAUUCAGGGACGUCGUAUAAUUUUUUGGGAAGUGAACCCAUCAUCUCCCGAAAUUCUUCCCACAGUCCUCUGAGGACGGAAUACGCAAUCCCUUGGCUGAACGAGCCUAGUUUUGUGUUUGCUGACGUGAUCCGAAAAAGCCCAGACAGCCCUGACGGCGAGGAUGACAGGGUCUACUUCUUCUUCACGGAGGUGGCUGUGGAGUACGAGUUUGUGUUCAGGGUGCUGAUCCCACGGAUAGCAAGAGUGUGCAAGGGGGACCAGGGCGGCCUGAGGACCUUGCAGAAGAAAUGGACCUCCUUCCUGAAAGCCCGACUCAUCUGCUCCCGGCCAGACAGCGGCUUGGUCUUCAAUGUGCUGCGGGAUGUCUUCGUGCUCAGGUCCCCGGGCCUGAAGGUGCCUGUGUUCUACGCACUCUUCGCCCCACAGCUGAACAACGUGGGGCUGUCGGCAGUGUGCGCCUACAACCUGUCCACAGCCGAGGAGGUCUUCUCCCACGGGAAGUACAUGCAGAGCACCACAGUGGAGCAGUCCCACACCAAGUGGGUGCGCUAUAAUGGCCCGGUACCCAAGCCGCGGCCUGGAGCGUGCAUCGACAGCGAGGCACGGGCCGCCAACUAUACCAGCUCCUUGAAUUUGCCAGACAAGACGCUGCAGUUCGUUAAAGACCACCCUUUGAUGGAUGACUCGGUAACCCCAAUAGACAACAGGCCCAGGUUAAUCAAGAAAGAUGUGAACUACACCCAGAUCGUGGUGGACCAGACCCAGGCCCUGGAUGGGACUGUCUAUGACGUUAUGUUUGUCAGCACAGACCGGGGAGCUCUGCACAAAGCCAUCAGCCUCGAGCACGCUGUUCACAUCAUCGAGGAGACCCAGCUCUUCCAGGACUUUGAGCCAGUCCAGACCCUGCUGCUGUCUUCAAAGAAGGGCAACAGGUUCGUCUAUGCUGGCUCUAACUCGGGCGUGGUCCAGGCCCCGCUGGCCUUCUGUGGGAAGCACGGCACCUGCGAGGACUGUGUGCUGGCGCGGGACCCCUACUGUGCCUGGAGCCCGCCCACGGCGACCUGCGUGCCUCUGCACCAGACCGAGAGCCCCAGCAGGGGUUUGAUUCAGGAGAUGAGCGGCGAUGCUUCUGUGUGCCCGGAUAAAAGUAAAGGAAGUUACCGGCAGCAUUUUUUCAAGCACGGUGGCACAGCGGAACUGAAAUGCUCCCAAAAAUCCAACCUGGCCCGGGUCUUUUGGAAGUUCCAGAAUGGCGUGUUGAAGGCCGAGAGCCCCAAGUAUGGUCUUAUGGGCAGAAAAAACUUGCUCAUCUUCAACUUGUCAGAAGGAGACAGUGGGGUGUACCAGUGCCUGUCAGAGGAGAGGGUUAAGAACAAGACGGUCUUCCAAGUGGUCGCCAAGCAUGUCCUGGAAGUGAAGGUGGUUCCAAAGCCCGUGGUGGCCCCCACCUUGUCAGUUGUUCAGACAGAAGGUAGUAGGAUUGCCACCAAAGUGUUGGUGGCAUCCACCCAAGGGUCUUCUCCCCCGACCCCAGCCGUGCAGGCCACCUCCUCUGGGGCCAUCACCCUUCCUCCCAAGCCUGCGCCCACCGGCACAUCCUGCGAACCAAAGAUCGUCAUCAACACGGUACCCCAGCUCCACCCGGAGAAAACCAUGUAUCUUAAGUCCAGCGACAACCGCCUCCUCAUGUCCCUCUUCCUCUUCUUCUUUGUUCUCUUCCUCUGCCUCUUUUUCUACAACUGCUAUAAGGGAUACCUGCCCAGACAGUGCUUGAAAUUCCGCUCGGCCCUGCUGAUUGGGAAGAAGAAGCCCAAGUCAGAUUUUUGUGACCGUGAGCAGAGCCUGAAGGAGACGUUAGUAGAGCCAGGGAGCUUCUCCCAGCAGAAUGGGGAGCACCCCAAGCCAGCCCUGGACACCGGCUAUGAGACCGAGCAAGACACCAUCACCAGCAAAGUCCCCACGGAUAGGGAGGACUCACAGAGGAUCGACGACCUUUCCGCCAGGGACAAGCCCUUCGACGUCAAGUGUGAGCUGAAGUUCGCUGACUCAGACGCAGAUGGAGACUGAGGCCGGCUGUGCGUCCCCGCCGGCGCCUCAGCUGCGACGUGUCCAGGCGUGGAGAGUUUUGUGUUUCUCCUGUUCAGUAUCCGAGUCUCGUGCAGUGCUGCGUAGGUUAGCCCGCAUCGUGCAGACAACCUCAGUCCUCUUGUCUAUUUUCUCUUGGGUUGAGCCUGUGACUUGGUUUCUCUUUGUCCUUUUGGAAAAAUGACAAGCGUUGCAUCCCGGUCUUGUGUUCCGAAGUCAGUCGGAGUACUUGAAGAAGGCCCACGAGCGGCACGGAGUUCCUGAGCCCUUUCUGUAGUGGGGGAAAGGUGGCUGGACCUCUCUUGGCUGAGAAGAGCAUCCCUUUGGCUUCCCCUCCCCAUAGCAGCCACUAAAAGAUUAUUUAAUUCCAGAUUGGAAAUGACGUUUUAGUUUAUCAGAUUGGUAACUUAUCGCCUGUUGUCCAGAUUGGCACGAACCUUUUCUUCCACUUAAUUAUUUUUUUAAGAUUUUGCUUUGAUUGUGUUUAUGUCAUGGGUCAUUUUUUUUUUAAUUACAGAAGCAGAUGUUUUAAUAUUUAGAAGAAGACUUAUAUCUUCCAGAUUUUGUUAUAUAUUUGGCAUAAAAUAUGGCUUACGUUGCUUAAGAUUCUCAGGGAUAAACUUCCUUUUGCUAAAUGCAUUCUUUCUGCUUUUAGAAAUGUAGACAUAAACACUCCCCGGAGCCCACUCACCUUUUUUCUUUUCUUUUUUUUAACUUUAUUCCUUGAGGGAAGCAUUGUUUUUGGAGAGAUUUUCUUUCUGUACUUCGUUUUACUUUUUCUUUUUUUUAACUUUUACUCUCUCGAAGAGGAGGACCUUCCCACAUCCGCAAGGUGGGUUUUGAGCAAGGGAAGGUGGCCUGGGUGAGCUGAGUGGAGCCAGGCUGGCCCAGAGCUGAGAUGGGAGCGCCGUACAAUCUGGAGCCCACAGCUGUUGGUCAGAACCUCCUGUGAGACAGAUGGAACCUUCACAAGGGCGCCUUCGGUUCUCCGAACAUCUCCUUUCUCUUCUUGCUUCACUUACCCACUGCCUGCCCAGACUUUCCAUCCAGCCUCACUGAGCUGCCCACCACUGGAAGGGAACUGGGCCUCGGUGGCCGGGGCCGCGAGCUGUGACCACAGCACCCUCAAGCGCACGGCGCUGUUCUUGCCACUGUCCUGAAGAUGUGAAUGGGUGGUACGAUUUCAACACUGGUUAAUUUCACACUCCAUCUCCCCGUUUUGUAAAUACUCAUCGGGAAGAGACUUUUUUUCCAUGGUGAAGAGCAAUAAACUCUGGAUAUUUGUGUGCGUGUGUGGACAGUCUCAUCUUCCAGCAUGAUAGGAUUUGACCAUUUUGGUGUAAACAUUUGUGUUUUAUAAGAUUUACCUUGUUUUUAUUUUUCUACUUUGAAUUGUAUACAUUUGGAAAGUACCCAAAUAAAUGAGAAGCUUCUA